UAGUUAACGUUUGACCAGACAGCAUGAAUCUGCGCAGAUCCCUAUGAGGUCUGACGAGUGACUUGCUCGAUCUCUCCUGUAAAGGCCGUGGUAAUGACACCCAUGGUGCAUCUGCUGUUGCUCCCAUUGCUGUUCAGCAUUGCUGCUGGGACGAAUUUGGAUGAAAAGAAGGGCCCGUUUGAGAACACGUUGUUGGACGUUCCAGAGGGGACACCAGUACCCUAUCCGGUUUAUCAGUUUCAGGUGACACAUGCAGAUGUGAAUGAUUUCAGGCUGAGCGGAGAAGGCAAGGACAGCAUUAAAAUCUCAAAGGAUGGGUGGCUUUACCUGCAGAAACCUCUGGACUGGUCACAGGACGACCAUUACAUCUUCAAUGUGGAGGCAUUGGCAGAUGGUGUGGUUGUAGAUGGGCCCAUAGUUGUGAGCAUAAAUGUUUUGGAUGUGAACAACAACGCUCCGUUCUUCAACCAGAGCAGAUACUUGACUACGGUUAGAGAGAAGAGUUUGUCAGGUGUGGCCUUUACUCGAGUGUUUGCGUCAGACCGCGACGAUCCAGACACCCCCAACGCUCGUCUGAGCUACAGCCUGGUCAGCCAGAUCCCCAACAACCACAACAUCCUGUUGUUUCAGAUCGACCCAGACACCGGAGAGAUCUCCACCACUGAAGAAGGAGAAGAGCUGUUGAAGGCCAGAGAAGGAAUCCAGUACAGCAGAGGAGAAGAUCGGAGCAUCGACGCUCUGAAAGAGAAGUUUGACGAGUUCUGUUCAGUGCAAAAGAUCCCUUAUGAAGAAAACCCCUUCUUCACCUGCGUGAAGAGAGCAGAGAUGAGGAGGCGUAAUGUGAACCCCCUGGAGGAUCCGGACUACACCCUGAUUGUACGUGUGCAGGACCUGGAAGGAGCUUCAGAGCAUGCACUGAGUGGAACCACCAGAGUGCACAUUGUUGUGCAGCAGAACCUAUGGACCAAUCCCGGGCCAAUUACUAUUAAAGAGAACUGGAAGGGACAUUACCCCCAAGUUAUUGCAAAGGUCCGGUCUAACGAUCCCGAUGCCAUCUACUCAUUAGUGCAGAAAGAACGAGAACUGAAAUUCCCCUUCCAGAUUACAGAGGAUGGAGAAAUACUCGUGACACAGGAGCUGGACAGAGAGGAGAAAGAAACGUACAUUCUGGUUGUGUUUGCCAGAGAUAACUACGGCAACGAGGUGGAUCCACCCAUGGAGAUUGUGGUCCAGGUGGAUGACCUGAAUGACAACAAACCAGUGUGUGAGCAAGAAGAAAGUGUCUUUGAGGUGCAGGAGGAUGAACCUCCAGGCAGCUUGGUGGGACAGCUUUUGGCUCAUGACGGUGAUAAAGAAGGGACUCUGAACGCUCAGCUGGCCUACACCAUUGUGUCUCAAACACCAUCCACUGAAUCCAACACGUUUUCCAUUGAUGAAUCUUCUGGAAGCAUCAAAGCGCUUCGCGCCCUUCGUCGAAAGGAGCACCAGGUCUACAACCUCAACGUCAGAGUCAGCGAUUCAGUUUUCAGCACAGACUGUAAGGUGAUCGUCAAGGUGAUCGACGUCAACAACGAGUUGCCUCUGUUUGAGAAGACCGACUACGGUAACCACACUCUGGCAGAGGACACUCCUGUGGGACACACAGUGCUGACCUUAAGAGCAACAGAUGCUGAUGAACCCGGCAGCGGCAGCUCGCUGGUCCAGUUCCACAUCUCUGCAGGCGACGAAAACAAAGUCUUUACUGUGGAAAGUGACGGCAGUGGAGUUGGUCACCUGGUCAUAGCCAAGCCUCUGGACUUCGAGUCUUCUCCAACCUACAAACUCCAGAUCGACGCUCGCAACCCCGAGCCUCUGAUGAAAGACCUGGAGUACGGCAGCGAGUCCACUGCCGUCUUGCUCGUGUCUGUCACGGAUGUGGACGAGGCCCCAGAGUUCAGCCUGGACCGCCAAGAUGUGGCUGUAGCUGAGAACUUCACAAAAGGAGCAGUGCUGCUCACAGUGGAGGCCAAAGAUCCAGAAGGAAAAGAGAUUGGAUUUAAGCUGGAUGGUGACUCUCAGGGCUGGCUGGAGAUCAACGCUGCCACAGGAGAGAUCAGGACCAAGGAGAAGCUGGACAGAGAGAAACUGGAGACAUUUGAAAUCACGGUCACCGUCUUCGAGAAGGAGAACCCAGAGAAAUCUUCAGAGCAAGUCAUCCAUGUGCGGCUGCUGGACGUCAACGACAACAUCCCCAAACUAACAGAGACGCAGGCUUUCAUCUGCAUGCAGGACAUCAAACCUGUCGUCAUCAAAGCAGAAGAUAAGGACAGCGCUCCAUUCUCUCAGCCGUUUACUUUCGCCCUCGCCAAGAAAUCCCCCAACUGGGAGCUGCACACAAUCGACGCCACAUCGGCUGAAGUGCGUCUGAAGAAACAACCAAUCAAAGAAGCAAACUUCUCUCUUAACAUCAACAUAAAAGACAACGCUGGUGUGGGAGUUACACAGGCGUUUGAGGUGAGAGUGUGUAACUGCACGACGCUGGGCUACUGCUACAUCCCACCACACGGACAGGGAUUCAAACCUGAAAUCGGCACCACGGUCGGGAUCCUGGCUGGAAUUCUGGGAUUCUGCAUUAUUAUCUUUAUCGUAGUGAUCAAACGCUCAAGUAAAAAGAACAAGAAGAAAGACCUGGCUAAUGAAGAGGAGAGGAACGCCAUGAUGUAGAGACACUUGUUGAGUUUUAUUUAUAUAUUGAAAAUAUCACAAAUUACCCUUUAGGAGUUUGACAACUUGUACGACACACAAAGGACCUUAAACGUGACAUUAUAUUUCAUUUAUCCACACAGUGCAUUCACUCCAAGACUUUCCCCAAGUCUUCAUCACCUGAGCAUUCUUAUGAUGCCUCUUACAGCAAACUCAAGCUUAUUUUAAACAAAUUAUACAUAAAUAAGCCUGUUGAAAAAUCCCUCUCGUCACGUUUCAGAUCCUAAAUUGUAGUUAGUCCUCACAAGUAUAUACUUGCACUUUUAUUUCAACCUAUUUUAUAUAUAUUUUCAGAGUGGAGCAUAAUUAAUAGCUGCUGUGCACAUAAAAU